AUGCCAGCGUUCACUGCACUGGCCUAUACGAGGAAAUUCAAGUUCAGGCCUUGCUGCCUCAGGCUCUCAUACUGUGCGCUCUUGCCAACUAUACGGGGAUUCCACGACUCGGUUGGCUAUAGUCGACUCUUCGAUGGAAAGACCGCGAUCGAUACUCCUCUGAGCAAGAAUCUCAUCUGGGCAGUCGGGCAGCCGAAGAAAAUAUAUAUCGACUUGGAAUUCUUGGAGAUACUCCCGUUGAGAGAAUUCAAGAAUGGAAUGGUCGAGGUGAUCAAGGUGCCUACUACUUCUAGUGAGGAGGAAUUAUGCGCUCUGGAAGAGCACACUGAGAAAAUCAUGAAUUCGGCUUAUCGGGUGCCCCAACCAGAUCUUAGCUUUAUCAACAAUCAACACAUCCUCAAUCUCUCCAAUCCUACUGUACCAACGGUUCUGCAUGGCGAAUGUGUCGCUGUAGGUAUGGUUGAAGAGGCUGAACUAACCUGCCACCUGGAAAUCCCGGAUCAUGUCGCCGUCCCCAGAAUCACGAAGUGUAUCGCAGCAUAUGGACUACCGGUCUCCUUGGAGGAUCCGAUAAUCACCAAUCUGGUAAACGGGAGGCAGUACCCAGUUGAGCAAAUUCUCUUCUUCGUUUCAUUGGACAAGAAUAAUGACGGGCCAUCGAAGAAGGUUGUGCUACUUUCUGCAGUUGGAAGCACCUACGAGCAGCAGGCGAGUGUGUUCUCCAAUGAGAAGAUCCUUGACGUUUUUCAAGGCGGAAAUUGGAUCUGA